GGAAACAUCGAGCGACAGCACAUCCGACUUUACUGAACCCAAGAGGCCGGAGACUGUUGCAGAACAAAGCAGAAAUGAGACCAUUAAGCUUGCGAUUUCUGCGGACACCAGCUGCUGCUGUCCGGCAGGGCGUGUUUGCGCCGAGGACGAUGGCGCGAUGCAACUCGACGGAGGCGGGAGUAAUCCACAGCUACGACGAAGAAGUCGGCAGACCGACUGCGCUGCCCGAAUUCCCGGACGAGAGACUUACCUACGUCGACCCAAAGACCGGGGAGACUCAUUUGACGUCGUCGCUGAAAUUGUACGAGCGCACUGAGCGUCCGCUGCCGAUGAACGUCGAGCUUCUCCACUACGCACCUAUUCAACACGAGCGGACGCAUAACAUCAAGGUGUGCGACCUGGUGCUGUACUCGCACGCGUUGUCACAGGCCGACUUCUUUGCCGACUUUGUGAUGCGCGCCGGGUUUUACCUGAAGAUGCCGAUGAAGACGAUACCGCUACCGAAGAAGCUCGAGCGAAUCACGGUGGCAACGUCGCCGUUCGCGCAGACAAAGUCGAAGCAGAAUUACGAGCGCGUGACACACAAGCGGCUGGUGAAGAUCUACGACAGCGACGAAGCGGCGGUGGAGCUGCUGCUGGGAUUUUUGCGCAAGAACGAGUUGGCGGGUGUUGCUAUGAAAGCCAACUUGUUUGUCAACGAGGCGCUAGAGGACUUUGAUAUCGAGGCGGAGGUCGCAAAGGCAAAGGAGGCAAGGGAGAAGGCUGAGCAGAAACCAGCGUGGAAGAGCCGGCUUCAGAGACGAGCGGUCCGGAGGGCUGCGGCAUCGAAGGCUGCGGCAUCAAAGGCUGCGUGAUUGGAUUGAUGUCAUAAGUAAGGUCGAUCGGUGAAUUGUAUAUAAAGCUUCAUAAUUAUUAUAUAUAUUAUAUA